ACAUUUUGAUGGUCGAGAGACCCGCAUUAAAGUAAAAUUAAUGUUGACCACGACGUCAACCAAUGAGAUGCAAGUUGUGCGCAUAAAAACAUCCUUCGCCCCACUUUCUCAAAGUCUGGUGUCUGGUCCCAUAUCGCAUGAAUAAAACAGGAUCCUCUACGACAGCAGUAGCAGUGUCCCGCGAGACGCACCUUUGGUAUAGCCAUAGUCCAUUAUAGAGAUUGCGAGUCGUGUGAUAACACUAAAACUCCGCCCUUUUUGACAAUCUCUUGACACGGCUGGCAAAAAUUUAGUCAAACCAGAUAUAUCUUAUCUUAAGGCUAGAUAAAACAAUGUUGGAGACUCAUCCUCUCAAAGCCACUGAUAACUGAUGACGCCAGUUGAGAACUGCGCGCACGAAGCUUCGUGUCCAACAUAAUUAUCAAUUUUGCAAGUAGCACUAGGUGCUUUUAAUACCCCGUUUAAGAAAGGAUUGACGUACUCGGCAACAGCUUUACCAUGAUUGGAGCUGCCGUCGGUGCUGUGCUGCUCUGCUUAAUUCAAGUGUACCAGGUGCACUCCUAUGUCGCUGCUGUGGUGGAAUUUUCCCCAACGGGAGUCGACGGACCUGUAGUCCCACCAUUAACCGUUGCUAAUAAUUUAUAUAGAUACGAGGAAUUCGUUCUGGAGGCAAAGAAAUCGUUUGCUGAUAUUAUCGUGUUUCCUGAGUAUGGAUUGACAACCACAUUUCCUUCAAACAAUCGCACAAUGGCGUUGGAAUUCGGACAAGUUGUUCCUCAGAAAAGUGACAACGGCAAUCCCUGCGCGGACGACAACCAGAGUAUUGAAUACGAGACCGUCCGCCGAUUGUCUUGCAUGGCCAGAGAUAAUAGAAUUUACCUUGUGGCUAAUUUGAUUGAGAGGGAUGAUAAGCAGGGAGCAGGUACGAUGCUGUACAACACUAACGUGGCGUUUGAUAGCAACGGCACCGUCGUCUCAAGGUAUAGGAAGCAUAAUUUGUUUGGCGAGUUCGCCCUGAACACCACCACGGAAUCCGACAUUUCAAUUUUUGAAGCUUUUGGUGCACGCUUCGGCAUGGUCACGUGUUUUGACCUCAUGUUCCAACACCCAGCCGUCACCCUGGUUCGAAAGUAUGGCAUCACUGACCUUAUUUUUCCAACGGCAUGGAUCCACGAAUUACCUUUCUUAACAGGUGUUCAAACGCAGGUGAUGUGGGCGCACGCGGCCAACGUGAACUUUUUAGCAGCAGGCUACAACCACCUAAGUGCGGGCAGCGGGGGCAGUGGCAUUUACCAAGGGAAAUUGGGAAGAGUCAAAGACGCCACCCCCUGGGAGACUAGCAGCUUCACUUUAAUUGGCCCCUUACCCGCAAACGGACCUAAAAGACUCAACGAAAAGCUGAUCCAGCGUCUGCAACGCCGAGAGAUUAGAACGUCCUUCCAAAAAAAUCGACCAUCUGCUGGAUUUUCAGAAAGACGGGCUCCUUUUUAUUAUCACGAAGAUCUGACGAAUUAUUCGUCAAUUCCGAUCGAGAUGAGAAGAGAGAUCAUGAAUUAUUCACUGUGCAACAACAAUCUGUGCUGCGACCUGGAAGUCUCCGGCACCUUGACUGAUCAGACAGUGUUUCGUUUUUUUGUGUAUGAUGGUGUGCGCGAGUUUGGCAAUGGAUAUUACAAAGGUCACAAAAUACAGACCUGUGCCUUGGUGCGAUGCAAAUCCUCAGACAAUCCAGUUCAAAACUGUGGACUUUUAUUAGAAGAUACCGCGCUCAAUGUUAAUCUAAAUCAUGUACGAAUUAGUGGCAAUUUUAACGUUGAAACUCUUGCCGGACCGAAUAUUGUGGAUGGUUAUUUCAAUAUUCUCUCUGGUAACCAAUAUAUUUUCAAAAGAGAACUCGCAGUGGGCAACGUGAGCAAGGUAGACUUUCAGUUAGCAGAAAAGAUCGACCGGAAUAUCUUGACCUUUGGUGUUUGGGGUGCUGUGUUUCCAUUCAUUGAUGACGGAACAACUGAUUAUCUUCGUCCUGCCAGUUGGAUUCUGCCAACGGCGAUCGCUGUAAGCGCUGUUUUUAUUGUUGGUUGCCUACUUUUAACUGUGCUAUGUUUCACGCCAAACAAAUAUAAAUGACUUGGGCUUAACAGAUAUUAGUAUUUUAUGACCAGAAUCUGUAUCAAAACUUAUUUGCAAUGCCUAUAUAUAUAUAUAUAAGUUUAUUAUAGUGUCAAAAUACCACUUGACGUGAACAAACAAACCAUGCAAAUAAUGACCAAGUGUUGUGAGACUUAAGAAAUGCGAGUUGAUGGAUCUAGUAUUAAUCUAGUGUACCAAACAUGACAAUAAAUUAUUUGAUACUAAAAUAUGUCUUUUAUAACCCCGCUAAAAACUGUAAAGCUACGCAUGACACGUUGUGCUUAAU